UGCGGCUUGUGUGUUGGUAUUUAAAACGUGAGCUAAAACGUUCGAGAAGCACAUGCACAACAUCCAGUGGCGCUGUUUGUGUAGUACAUACAUCUCAUCUUUUUCUGUCAGCUUCAUUCGUACCGUAAUAAUAGCCACUAUAAUUGUAAAUCCUAACUUAAGCCAAGCAAGAUGAUGCACCCAGUUGAAGACGUGUUAGAUUGGGAGAGCAGCCCCUCAAAGUGUCGGGACUUGGAGAAAGGGCGACGAUCGUCUUGGAUGGCCAGGAGGUCUCCCUUUCGAUCCACGAUGGCAUCCAGCAACAGAGACCGAGAUAUGGUGCUAUCACCAGAGAGCUGUGAGAGGAGUCCACUUCGAAAGACAGCAUAUGCUCUCUUGUCAACUCCCACGCCGUCGCUGUCGUCGCCGCUGCUUCUGCGAGAAAAACUGCUCAACUCCCUUCCUAAGCACGUCAGCAACAAGAGCAGCAGUAGCAAAAAAGAUAUGAAUGAGAACAUGACACUAGAAGGGCUUGAUGAUGUCUAUGAGAACGUGGAAACCCUAUUAGAAGUCUUGCGAAUGGAACGCCACCAAGAUAAGCUACGCGCCGAAGAAGAAAUCAAACAACUCAAGGAACGAUUGGCCAUCUACGAAGGUCAACAGGAAAGCAGUAAUAGUCUUUCUAUAUCUCCCUCCUCCGUUUCCAAGUUGGCUAAUGCUGAACUGCUGGACUCUCUGAUGGACACACUCGCACUGCUGGAAGACGAAUGUCUGGAAUGGCAAACUGCAAGCGUCAAUAACAGUUGCAAGCCACCGCGACCGUCAUUGGGAAAUGUUACCAAUCAGCAGUUGUCGCCAUCUCCUCAAAAGCAACAACAGCAAGCCACUCCACCCUACAAGACACCGCGUCAAAAGAACCUCGAGAGGUCGAUUCAGCGCCUACGGGCUGCCUCCAGUCUACUCCGGUCAUGCCAGCGAAAAUCGUUGACCGUGACCUUUGACCAACAAGCCACUGUUUGCGAAGAACAAAGCGAAAGUGAGGAUGACCCAUUGGUCGGACUCCGUGUCUUGGAAGAUCAUCAGCCGUCGGAGACGGAAAGUAUGUCAGAAAGCGACAUGGACGCCCUCCUGGCGAUGCCAGCCGCCACGCCUCCAACGACCCCGACAGCUUCGAUCACGUCCGGAACAAUCAAUGAUUCUCCGUUUGCCAUGGAAGAAGAAGCACACAAUCUUCGGAAGCAAUUGUGGAAUCAAAUGAUGGCACACAGUAGACAAGUUCGAUCAUUGACAGAAGAGAUUCAAUCCAUUCAAAAGGAGAAAGACGGGCUCGAAUCCACGGUGGCGAAUCGAGAGGACGCCACCAAAGCUCUCAAGCAAGAGCGAAAAAAGGUUAUCAGUCUGAACAAUACCUGUCAGGAGCUACGGGACCAGGCAGCUAAGCAUGAGGGUAUUGUCAAACAGUAUCAGCUCCAGUUGACAGCUUUGGAAAAAUUCUCACAAGAUCUCAUGGAAACUUCCUGCCGACAGCUCCACACCAAAGAUCGUGAGCUCCUUCGCAUCCAAACACACCUAAUGACCGUCCAAGAACGCAUGGUCUCUGAAGCAGCUCGCUCACAACUAGCACGGAAGAACAUGCCAGAGGAGCUACUCAAACUACGGGAACGAGUCUGCGAUUUGGAGUUGCAAACCGCGGAAACGGAUCGGCAUCAGCUGGAUCUGAAGAUGCAACUGGGAAUUGCACGCCACGCAAGGCUGGCAACAAACACCAAGCUCGAAACUGCAAGGGUAAAGGUGAAUCGUCAAGCAGCCACUAUUGAACAUCUCGAAGCAGAGCUCGCAGAAUCCAAACGCAUGACCAGAGCUUACUCGAGCCAAGUAGAGUACCUAUCGGAUGAACUCCAGCGUGCACAAAUGGAAGCUCGAGAGUCACUGGAGGACAGGAACCACACAGUUCAGAUGUACCGAAUGGAUGUCUCGCUUCUGAGAGAAGAUUUGAAUAGCUCCUUCCACAGGUUGUAGCAAGCGAGUCUUGUGAUAGUACGAUGGAACAAGGAGGCCUAGCUAGAGGGAUCGGUCAAACUAUUGGCAAACGGUUGACACAACGCGGAACAGAAGCAAAGCGGCUGUUUCAGCGCACAAGCAACGUACGAAACAAAUAGAGUAAAACUUUUAGGAAUGAAGGCUGUUUGGGCCCAAACUACAUGCUUCUUUGUACCGGCAGUGCCAACCCUGGGCAUCUCCUGACUAGCCUAGAGUAGAGGAAUACAGAACGUACGAAACAAAUAGAGUAA